UAUAAAGCUAAAACUAUAUGACAACUUCUUGAAAAUACCUGGAUACUAUUUCAACAAAAACAGUUUGAAAGGAUAUUACAUAAUCAGUAAUGACGUCAUUUGUUGGUGACGUCACGAAACCACAGCAACAGAAUGAACAUGCUAAGCGUAGCAGCAAGUAACUCGAUCAACAACAAACAGGAGCCGAACUCACAAUAUGCGAAUGCGAACGUCCAUCGACGACUAAGUAGAGUUGGUAGUGACGUUGGAAAUUCGAGAGAGUCAAAAAGACUUCAGAGAAACGAGUCAAUAAUCUUAACGAAGCGCUCGAGCAGACAAGAGUCGUUUUCUGAACUUUCCUCUCCAAGAUGGCGGAUCGCAGAGUCCAACGACUGUGGUGCCACUGGAGGCGGUUCCACUCGUACGGAUCUCAACAACUUGGACAAUAAUGUGUUCAUUGAAGAGCCAAAACCAACCACAGACGCGACAUCAAAGGAACAAACCCAACGAAUCAUCCACACCCCCGCCACACCCACUAGUACGAGGAAGACAAACGGGAGAACAGCGACACCUGGUGAAAUUCCGAGCAGCAACAGCUCGUGUUCGUGCUGUGUCAGGGUCGCCAUCAACGUAUCGGGGCAGUUGUACGAGACUCAACUGAAAACCUUGAACCAGUUCCCGAACUCACUGCUCGGCCAUCCUGAGAAACGACUUGAAUACUUCGAUCCGAUUCGAAACCAAUAUUUCUUCGAUCGAAACAGAAGAAGCUUCGAUUCGAUUCUACAUUACUAUCAGACUGGAGGUCGUCUUCGUCGUCCACUGGAUGUGCCGGUAGACAUCUUCGCAGACGAAAUCAAGUUCUAUCAGUUGGGAGCCGACGCGAUGGAGAAGUUCAGAGAAUUGGAAGGAUACGAAUUUGACGAAGAAGAUAUCGCCAGUCAAUAUAACAGCGAUUCGUCAGAACAAGUCGGCAGAGAAUCAAAAGGUCUUCCAGCAAACUCUUGGCAACGAAAAAUCUGGUUUUUAUUCGAAAAACCAGAAAGUUCUCCGGCAGCAAGGGCAGUAGCGGUCGCCUCCAUCACCGCGAUUAUUCUCUCUGUGAUCGCAUUCUGCCUCGAGACUGUCCCAAGCCUACAAAACUCAUGGUUACAAAAAUACAAUAUUAGCGAAGGUGUAAAUGACAUUUCUAUUCCUCCCACGGGUUUUAUUACGUCAUCAAAUAGUGACGUCAUGGAACGAAUUCAAAGGAAUAUAAAAAUUGAAUCCGGUAGAAUCAAUGUAUCGGAAUACGUGACAUCAUCAAAUUACGUAAUCGGAAACAUGAUUUCAAAAACUAACAUACCAGAAAAUGUUAUUGUAACCGGAUCUUCCGGAUAUCCGGAAUUGAAUCCGUGUCCCCGGAAUGCGACUCGAGUCAAUAAUUUGUGUCCCAGGGUUCCUCAUUUCACAGAGAAUCCGUUUUGGGUUAUCGAGACGAUUUGUGUUAUCUGGUUUACAAUUGAACUAUCGCUUCGGUUCUUCAGCUGCCCCCAGAAACAAAGAUUCUUCUGCGACAUCUUGAAUCUGAUUGACUUAAUUUCUAUCAUACCUUACUUCAUUACAACAUCAAACAAUAUCGGAGUCAAAGAAGAAGAGGAACCCGAAUCUGCCAAUAAAGGAAUGUCACUCGCCAUUCUUCGAGUAGUUCGUUUGGUUCGAGUUUUUCGAAUAUUCAAACUUUCCCGCCAUUCUACCGGACUUCGAAUCCUCGGCAAAACGCUAUCGUCAAGUUUCAGAGAAUUAGGACUUCUGCUAUUCUUUGUUCUAAUCGGAGUCGUUCUAUUCUCAAGCGCAGUUUAUUUCGCAGAGUUCGAAGGGAAAGGCAAACAAGGCGACAGAGAAGUCAAGUCACAUUUUACUAGUAUACCGGAUGCAUUCUGGUGGGCAAUCGUUACCAUGACAACUGUCGGAUAUGGGGACAUGCACCCGGUUACAGUGGGGGGUAAAUUAGUCGGAUGUGCGUGUGCCAUCACGGGCAUUUUAUGUCUCGCUCUGCCGGUUCCGGUGAUUGUAUCAAAUUUCAUGUACUAUUAUCAAAGGGCGAUAGCCAAUCAGAAAAGAGAUAGAUAGUUUGUGUACUAUGGCAUCAUAAAUGGAUAGAUAUAAAAAUGAUUUUCGGCCAAUCACGGCAGAGCUGCGUAUCUCCCGUAGAAAUCGUCCCGGAGUAAAAUGAAACAUGCGAAAUCAAAUCUUCUAAUCCUGGAAUAACCGAAAUCUCUCCGAUUGAGCACACCUACUUUAUACACUCUGGGUGGGAAUGCGGACAUGGAGUUGAAGCGAGAUGUCAAUGAGGGUUUUGCAUAAGACAUCCUAACAUUUCAGUUAGAAGCGAUACAUGCGAAAUCAAUUAUGUGAGCAAGAAUUACUUUGGUAUAUUUUGAUUGAAUUUGCAAGAUCGUGAUCUGAGCUAGAUUAAGGUCCUUGAAUUGGAGGGCAAGAUUACAAUUGUCUUCGAGCCGCUUAAUAGACGAUUCUAGCUGAGAAUUUGGGCUGACAAAAAUUUUUAUUUCCACUCCGUCCCCGCAUUAACAAAUUGACUAUGAUAUCACAGUUAUUAUUAUCUAAGAAUAGGGGGUCGCCAAUGGCUAAAAAUGGCGCAUGUGGUCCGCGGGUCGAAGUUUGGCCAUACUGCUCUUUGCUGAUAUGGUAUUGCCCUAGUCCCGUCUCUUUUGUUUUCAUUGUCCUCUCUAUCGCCAUUUUGCGUCUAUCAUGCAUUGUUGUGUAAUAAUUUCAAUAAACUUCCACUCCUUUUCAUAA